AUGAAAGUGCACGUCAAGAGAUGGCAUGCGAUAGCACAAUGGAGAUGGGACACAGGAUCGCGAGAUGUCGAUGGUGCAGACGGCGAUACCGAGGAUGGUGAAGGUGACGUUUGUGGUAUCUGCCGUGUACCAUACGAGGGUUGCUGUCCUGCCUGCAAGAUGCCUGGAGACGACUGUCCGCUUAUUUGGGGAGAGUGCACACAUGUCUUUCAUAUGCAUUGUCUUCUCAAGUGGAUUGGCACGGCGGCAUCAAAGCAGCAGUGUCCGAUGGAUCGACGGCCAUGGGGUACAGCCAUACCUCACACACCCCAUAUUCAUUUCUACUGA